AUGGACGGCCCAGAAGCGCGGCACUAUCCUGGGGGCCAACCCUACUCGGGCACCAACCGCAUCCCCAACAUCAAGCAGUUCGUCGAAAGUCUUGAUAGGGACAAGAAGGAACGCGAUGCCAAAGUCGAGGCCGACUUGCGCCAGAAUGGCCAAAACGGCGAGCUUCAGGCCCACGUCCCGACAGAAAAACCCGGCAAGAACCGCCGCACCGUCAAGGACCCAAUAACGGGAAAGGAUGUCGAGAUCGAGGACAUCGAUAGCAAGCAGAUGAAGACGGCCAAGGACCCAAUGUUGACUGUUCCCAACGCAAACCUCGGAAAGGAAACCACCGUCCAAACCAAAGCCUCCCAGUCCGGCGAGGAAUACCGCGAAGCCCAAGAUGUCACCGCGCCUCCUGAUCCCAUCGCCAAUGGCUCUACCAGCGACGUGCCCAUCCACGGCGAAAAGACCAACGUGCUCUUCCACCCCACCCCUUCCAUCACCUUCGAGCCCAUGUUCGAGUCCAUCGAGGCCCGCGCCAACGUCCUCUGCGCAUUCGUCUUCAUCGCUAUCGUCUUUAUUGGAAAGGUGCUGGGCGGCAGCCUCUGGGGCUUGUUUCCCCUCGGCAUGUGCGUCGCCAGCGGCGUCUUCUUGUGGGCCAAGGACCUUAUCCGUCAGGGGCGGGACAUGGAAUGGUCGAGCGAGCAGAAGCGCGGCGAAACCGCCGUGGUCAACCUAAUUCCCGAAAGUGUCGAGUGGCUGAACACUGCCGUUGGGCUGAUCUGGGGCCUCAUUAACCCGGAGAUGUUUGCUGCCGUUGCCGAUACCCUCGAGGAUAUCAUGCAGGCCAGUGUUCCCGGAGUCAUUGAGAACGUCAAGGUCAACGACAUCAACCAGGGCAGCAACCCGCUCCGCAUUCUCAGCUUGAGAGCCCUGCCCGAUAGUCACGUCCAGGAUAUGAAGGCUGAGAUUCGCAAGGAGGACGAGAAGAGCAAGGACCCCCAGGAACUGGCGGCUGAGGAAGAGGGUGGUGACUUUUACAACCUCGAGGCUACUGUUGCUUAUCAUUCUCUGCCUUCUACCGGAGAUGUCUCCUCCAAGGCCAAGAACAUGGGCAUGCAGUUGGUCUUCUAUCUCGGUCUCAAGGGCUUCUUUGGAGUCCCCUUCCCCGUCUGGGUCGAGCUCAACGGCCUUGUCGCUACUUGCAGACUCAGAAUUGCCAUGGCUCCUGAUCCGCCAUUCAUCAAGACGCUCAGCUUCACCCUCAUGGGCCUGCCUAAGGUCGAGGCCAGCUGCGUUCCCGUCAUGCAAAAGGGAGCAAACAUUCUUAACCUACCUGUCAUCUCCAACUUUGUCAACUGGGCCAUCGCAACUGCCGCUGGCAUGUACGUUGCGCCCAAGUCUAUGACAUUGGACAUUGGAAAGAUGCUUCAGGGAGACACCAUCAAGAAGGAGACCCAGGCCCUUGGUGUCCUCUUCAUUCGCAUUCACAAAGCUACUGGUCUGAGCAAGCAAGACCGCCGCGGAAGCCAGGGCGGCGGUUCCGACCCUUACAUUUGCGUCUCCUUCUCCAAGUUCGGCAAGCCGCAAUACUGCACUCGUGUCAUCCAGGACGACCUCAACCCCGUCUUCUCCGAGACUUGCGCCUUGCUCGUCACCCCCGAUAUCAUUAAGGCUGAUGAGCAGCUCUCGCUCGAGCUCUGGGACAGCGAUCGCAGCUCCGCCGAUGAUGUCGUCGGCAAGGUUGAGCUGAGCAUCCAGAAGCUGAUCCAGCACCCCGGCAAGAUGUUCCCCCAGACUUCCAAGCUCAGAGGUGUCAAGGCUGGCAGCUCCAUGCCUGGCGAGCUUCACUGGGAGGUUGGCUUCUUUGGCAAGACCCAGUUCAGGAAGGCUCUCAGGACGGAUGGCAAGGAUCACAAGCUGCCCAAGGAACUCCGCGACAAGCCUGAACUCCAGGAUGACAAGGGCACUCUUGAGAACACGGAGGAAGAUGCCGUUGUCCAUACUCCUCCUGACCCGUUGUGGCCUAGCGGUGUUCUGAGUGUUAUUGUCCACCAGAUUGUCAACCUAGAGCUCGAGAACGUCAAGGGAUCCAACGGUAAGAGGAAGGGCAAGGAAUACGAGCCCGCCAGACCAGACGCUGGCGAGCUCAAGGAAGAAUCGGGCGGUAAGCUGCCUAGCUCGUACUGCACCAUCCUCAUCAACGACGAGCUCGUCUACAAGACCCGCACCAAGGUCGUCUCCUCUAAGCCCAUUUUCGAAGCCGGUACCGAGCGGUUCAUCCGCGACUGGCGCUCGUCCAUCGUGACCGUCACCGUGCGCGACUCGCGCAACCGCCAGCACGACCCCAUCAUCGGCGUCGUCCCGCUCAAGCUCUCGGACGUCUUCCAGACCGCCAGCCAGAGCACGCGCUGGUACCCUCUGGACGGCGGCAUCGGCUUCGGCCGCAUCCGUAUUUCCCUCCUCUUCCGCUCCGUCGAGCUCAAGCUGCCCCCUCCGCAGCUCGGCUUCGGCGAGAUCGGCACCUUCGAGUUCACCUCGGACAGCAUCACCACCUCGGGCUUCGCGCCCACGGACAAGAUGAAGAUCAAGUUGCGCACCGGCGGCUCGUCGGCCAAGGUGCCUGGCGACGUGUGUUCGUUCACACCCGAUGGCCAAUCCGGUAUCACGUGGGACAUUUCCGGCGACGUCGCCCGCAACAAGCAUUCCAAGAAGAUCCGCCUGCCCGUGCGCUACCGGUACCGCUCGCCCGUCUUCUUCGAGUUCCACCGCUCCGGCAAGCGCAACACGGACACCUUCGCCGCCUUCUGGCUGCAGGAUCUGGUGGACAAUGAGGAGAAGGACUUCGACAUCCCCAUCUGGCGCUGUAACAACGGCAUGCGGCUGUCGCAGAAUUACAUCACCGAGGAGAAUUAUAGGUCUGUUCCCGACAUGCAGAUGGAGGAGCUGGGACGGCUCCGGUUCAGGGGCCGGUUCAAACCCGGAACGGAUCGCGACCAUCUCAAGUUCGUCAGCGAUAAUGAUUCGCGGGAGACGAUUGAGAGCUGGGAGGCGUGCUUCGCCGAGGGCGUCAGGGCUGAGCAUGUCGCGAGCGAGGUGCCUCCCAUCGUGCAGAGACUGCAUGAGGAGAGCUUGACGGAGGGGAGGGAUGUGCUCAAGAAGGCGAGGGAGGAGGAUAAGAGGAAGUGGUUAGCCAAGGACGGGACGGAUUGGUCCGGGGCGUUUGGUCAGGAUCCGGAGGAGCUGUUGGCGGAGCAGAACAGGAGGCGGAGGAGGAGCAGGGCGGCGAGUGGAGGGAGUAAUAAUAGCGAGGGGAGGAGUACGGAGUAUGAGGAGAGCAGUGAUGACGAGUCUCAUGACAGCCAGCAUGCAAAUGGGAAUGCCGAUAUCAUCGGCAACGGAGGGUCAGCGGUUGAUGACGACGAUUCGAAUCCCGACUUGGGUAUUGCUGAUGGGGACAAUGAGCGACCGAUGAACGAUAAUGCGGGGGGAGAGGAUGCUGCUCAUGGCGGGAUGAACUCAGGGCUGAAUGCCGGUAACGGCUCGUCGGCUGGUGAGCAUCCCAACGCCAACGGGUCGUCGUCCAUGGUGGGGAGACAGUCGAUGGAUAGCCAGGCUACUACCUCGGCUGGACGGUCGGUCAAGUCGGCUACGGGCUCGAGCAGCAAGAAUCCCAUCAAGCAGUUUAAGGAGUAUAGGAGCCGCAGUCGGGAUUUGCAUCGUCAGCAUCGGGGGUUGAUGCAAUGGAAACCAAUGCGCAACGUCCAAUUCGCCAAGGAUGAGGCCCUGUUCGCCGCUCGCAGGCUCAAGAAGGUUGGAAGCCUGAGUGGACGGACGCCGGAUGUCGAGACCGAGGUUUGA